CCUUCAAAACUAGGAUUCAAGAAAGUAACAAUACAAAACUUAUUCAAACCAACAAGGAAUCAUUCUUAACCAAGAGAACCCCAAUUACCAAAUACACUCUUAAUUAUUAUAUGCAUUGAGCCUUGUAUAUAUAUAUAUUUAUAUUGAUAUAAAUAGAGAUAUCUGUAUCACGGUUCUCUCAUUCAUUCAUUCAACCCAUUCCCAUAAAAUUUGUUGGAAUAAUAAGGAAACUAAAAAUCACAAGUUUAAGAUAGAAGAAGCUAUACAACUAGUAUUAUUCUGCAAUGGGAAAAAAUAACACUGCUGGGGCUACAAUCAAUGGAUCAUAUGAGGAAUUUGAACCUUGCUGCAGAUGGAUUAGAGAAGAAAAACAUGUCACUGUUGAGAUUGAUUUGAAGGGUUUCAAAAAGGAGCAACUUAAGGUUCAAACCAACAACAAAGGGUUGCUAACUAUUUUUGGAGAAAGGCCUCUAGAUUCAUCCAACAACAAAUGGAGCCGUUUUCACAAAGAAAUUAGGCUUCCAAAAGACACAAAUGUGAAUGAAAUCAGCGCGAAGUUAUCUCAUGGAGUGCUCUCUAUUGUGAUGCCAAAGAAAGUUGAAGAGCAAUACUCCUCCUCCAUUGGUGAAUUGAAAACAAGGAAGAGGACAGCAAUUAAGGUUGUAAUUGGAGUAGUGGCUGUGGUGGUCACAUUGGUUACACUUGGAACUUUCGUAACAAGAAUUAUGAAUACUCAUUAUCCUCGUGGUGGUGCUGCCAAGGUUGAUACUUGAUAAUGUUGCAAAUGUUUAAUAAUUUGAAUGAAAUUGGUUAAGUAUGAUGAGUCUUUGUUCUGAAUAUUUUGUGUUGGGAGAAAGGACAGUGCCAAAUUUUAGUUAAAUGUAUUAUAUCAAAUCUUUAAUAUAUGAGAAAAAUUGAAUAAAGU